AUGGCUUCCAUCUUUCCUUCUGAUCUGCAAUUUGACUUCGUAAUUCUAAGAUCUCAAUUCAAAAUCUCCAAAAAUGGGAAGAUCAUGCUCUCCAUCAUCGUCCUUACCCUCGUCCCACACUCUCUUCUCUUGCUGGCUGAUCAUUACAUUCAAUACCCUCUGAUCAUGGAUUUCAUCACCAGAGUUCUUCUAUUGGGCACAGAGAAACGCAGAAGCCCUGAACGCACCAAAUUGCUCACUGAAAUCAAAGAAGACGCCAGAAACAUUGUUACAAUUCAAUUCUUCUUCACAAUUGGCCAUGCUAGAGCUAAGAAGAACCUAUCCUUCAAGGAGUUUGUUUCGAUGAUCAUAAGAACAUGGACCCGACCACCGAUCACUCUGUUCUAUGUGACUCUUUUGGGUUCUGGUUAUGCCCUUUUGGUUUUGGCUUCCCUGGGUGUUCUUGUAGUGGUUUCUGAUGGUCUGCUUGCCUUGCUCGUCCUUGGCAUUUUGACAGCCCUUUUGGGGUUUCUGCUUUCUCUGUACGUGGCUGCAAAUUGGGUACUGGGGCUAGUGAUUUCAGUCGCGGAGGAUGGUUGCUAUGGCUUGGAGGCUCUGGGGAGAGCUGCAGAGAUCAUCAAAGGAAAGAAGCUUCAUUUCCAGGGCUUCAUCAUAAACCUUAUUUUUGCCUUGAUUUGUGGUACCAAUUUAAGGGUUCUUGGUUACAAGUUUAUAACAAGUUUACUGGUAGCAAGGAGAUUGGUAAUCUUACUGGUUAUAGUGAACAUGCUUUGCCUGGUUAAGAUCUUCUAUUUCAUGGUCUACACUAUGUUCUAUCUCCACAAAUCCAUCAAGAAGUAA